CAGCCAGCUAGCCCGUUUGUCGGGGCCCACAACAUAUACGUCAGCGGCGGUAGAGCGACCAGCGCAAAGCCUUUUUCGGAUUGUGCCCCCUCCGGACAGAGAGAGCCGUUGAAACGAGAUUCGUCAAUUCAAAGGAUUGAUACAACGACGCCUCUGCGCCAGGAUACAAGAUGAAUAAACUGCUUGUGAUAGCCACCCUGUCAAUGGUGGCGUGCGUCACACUGGGCGACAUGAUGCGCAAGAGCAUCGUGUUCGACGCCAGCACGCCCAAGGUGUUCUACUGCCCGCAAGAGAAGCCGCGCGCCCUGGACAAGAUGAUCGUCAAGGCAAGGCCCGUCGAGAAGCUGUGCGAGUUCGAGGGCAAGGGUCUGCCCAAGGGGUACAAGUCGGACUGCUACAACGACGUCGACGAGUCCGAGUACGCGUGCGCCGAGAAGCAGCGCAUCCUGCUCCGGAUCAACCCUCCCAACGAAACGGACACCACCACCACGGAGGCCGCAACCACGGCUAAGCCUUCCAAGAAGAGCAAGUCCUUCAAGGUGCCCAAGAACUGAGCGCCACCUCGAAACCGGAAGCCGCAACGGAACCGGAAGAACGCUUCAAUGGCAGC